AGCCCAUCCCUGACACUCUCUCCGUUCUGCGGAAAAGGUUUACCAGCACAUUGCCUGAACUUCUUCUGAAGCUCGUCACCUUUACUGGGGCUUAGGCUGCUGGGAGCAGCUUGCCAGAAUCCUUUGUCCUGGGCCAAAGGUUGAUCAGACCUGUGGCUUCUGCUUUCAGUACACCACUUUUUAUGCCUUCUGAGUGGAGAUCCUUCCUCUCCCAGGGAGCUCAGUAGCUCUGGGUUGUGACGGGAUGGAGUUGCAGGCCCCACGUCCAACCCUCCACCUUUCGCAGCUGGUCUUGGGACCGUCCAUGUCAGAGUCAUAGAUUUCCACAGCAACAGAACCUGAAGCGGGUGUUGGACAGCUCCUCACGAGUGACCGAGUUGAGGUUUUCAAUGAAGUCAAUUUGUUGUGUCUGGAUCUGCUCCCUGCCUUUUCCAUGGAGCUGUCACUGUCAUACAGGAAAGAUCUGGCCUUCAGCUGGAGCCUGGGAUGAGGAUCAUGGAAUCAGAUCAGGGGAUCUCUCCGUCUUCUCCGGCGUGUGAUCCGCGGGGACUCGGCCUAUAGCCAUGACCACGCACGUGACACUGGAGGAUGCCCUGUCCAACGUGGACCUGUUGGAGGAGUUGCCCCUCCCCGACCAGCAGCCCUGCAUUGAACCCCCUCCCUCCUCCAUCAUGUACCAGGCGAACUUUGACACCAACUUUGAAGACCGAAAUGCAUUUGUUACCGGGAUCGCCAGGUACAUCGAGCAAGCUACCGUCCAUUCCAGCAUGAACGAGAUGCUGGACGAAGGUCACGAGUAUGCAGUGAUGCUUUACACGUGGAGGAGCUGUUCACGGGCCAUCCCUCAGGUCAAGUGUAACGAGCAGCCGAACCGGGUGGAGAUCUACGAGAAGACGGUGGAGGUGCUGGAGCCUGAGGUCACCAAGCUGAUGAAAUUCAUGUACUUCCAGCGCAAGGCGAUCGAGAGAUUCUGCAGUGAGGUGAAGCGCCUGUGUCAUGCUGAGCGUCGAAAGGACUUCGUCUCCGAGGCGUAUCUGCUGACCCUCGGCAAGUUCAUCAACAUGUUCGCCGUGCUGGAUGAGCUGAAGAACAUGAAGUGCAGCGUCAAGAAUGACCACUCUGCUUACAAACGGGCCGCUCAGUUCCUGCGGAAAAUGGCCGACCCUCAGUCGAUUCAGGAAUCUCAGAAUCUCUCCAUGUUCCUUGCCAACCACAACCGCAUCACCCAGUGCCUGCACCAGCAGCUGGAGGUGAUUCCUGGGUACGAGGAGCUGCUCGCCGAUAUUGUCAACAUCUGCGUCGACUAUUACGAGAACAAAAUGUACCUCACGCCCAGUGAGAAGCACAUGCUACUCAAGGUGAUGGGUUUUGGCCUCUACCUCAUGGAUGGCAACAUCAGUAACAUCUACAAACUGGACGCCAAACGUCGCAUCAACUUGAGCAAAAUUGACAAGUUCUUCCGGCAGUUACAGGUGGUGCCACUCUUUGGAGACAUGCAGAUAGAACUGGCCAGAUACAUUAAGACCAGUGCUCACUAUGAGGAGAACAAGUCCAAGUGGACGUGCACGCAGGCAAGCAGCAGCCCGCAGUACAACAUCUGCGAACAGAUGGUUCACAUCCGCGACGACCAUAUCCGCUUCAUCUCCGAGCUGGCGCGGUACAGCAACAGCGAGGUGGUGACGGGCUCCGGGCUGGACAGCCAGAAGUCCGAUGAGGAAUAUCGGGAAUUGUUUGACCUGGCACUGCGGGGACUGCAGCUUCUUUCCAAGUGGAGCACCCAUGUCAUGGAAGUGUAUUCUUGGAAGUUGGUUCACCCCACGGAUAAAUUCUGUAACAAGGAUUGCCCUGGCACGGCGGAGGAGUACGAACGAGCCACUCGCUAUAACUAUACCAGUGAGGAGAAGUUUGCACUGGUCGAGGUGAUUGCGAUGAUCAAGGGUCUGCAGGUGCUGAUGGGCCGAAUGGAGAGUGUCUUCAACCAGGCUGUGCGCAAUACCAUCUAUGCUGCCCUGCAGGACUUUGCGCAGGUCACCCUGAGGGAGCCUCUGCGCCAGGCCACCCGCAAGAAGAAGAAUGUCCUCAUCAGCGUGCUGCAGGCAAUCCGCAAGACCAUCUGCGAUUGGGAGAGUGGCCGGGAGCCCCCGAAUGACCCCUGUCUCAAGGGCGAGAAGGAUCCCAAGGGGGGCUUUGACAUCAAGGUGCCCCGGCGAGCUGUUGGACCCUCCAGCACUCAGCUGUACAUGGUGAGGACCAUGCUGGAGUCACUCAUCGCGGACAAGAGCGGGUCCAAGAAGACUCUACGCAGCAGCCUGGACGGCCCCAUUGUCGCAGCCAUCGAGGACUUCCACAAACAGUCCUUCUUCCACACGCACCUCCUCAACUUCAGUGAGUCGCUCCAGCAAUGCUGUGACCUUUCCCAGCUCUGGUUCCGUGAGUUCUUCCUGGAAUUGACGAUGGGCCGCCGUAUCCAAUUCCCCAUUGAGAUGUCAAUGCCGUGGAUCCUGACUGACCACAUUCUGGAGACCAAGGAACCCUCAAUGAUGGAAUACGUGCUCUAUCCACUUGACCUGUACAACGACAGUGCCUACUACACAUUAACCAAGUUCAAGAAGCAGUUUCUGUACGAUGAGAUUGAAGCCGAGGUGAAUCUUUGCUUUGAUCAGUUUGUUUACAAGUUGGCGGAUCAAAUUUUUGCUUACUACAAGGCAAUGGCGGGCAGUGUGCUGCUGGACAAACGAUUCCGGGCCGAGUGCAAGAACUAUGGAGUAAUCAUUCCCUACCCUCCCUCCAAUCGCUACGAGACGCUACUGAAACAACGGCACGUGCAGCUCCUGGGGAGGUCCAUUGAUCUAAACAGGCUGAUCACUCAACGCAUCUCAGUGGCCAUGUACAAGUCUCUGGAUCACGCCAUCAGCCGGUUUGAGAGCGAAGACCUGACCUCUGUCGUGGAACUGGAGUGGCUGUUUGAGGUGAAUAAACUCACUCACCGCCUCCUCUCCAAACAUAUGACGCUGGAUAGUUUCGAUGCCAUGUUCCGUGAAGCCAAUCACAACGUCUCCGCUCCCUACGGACGCAUUACGCUUCACGUCUUCUGGGAACUCAACUUCGAUUUCCUUCCCAAUUACUGUUACAACGGCUCGACCAAUCGGUUCGUCCGCACUGCUAUCCCCUUCACUGAUGAACCUCAGAGGGACAAGCCGGCCAGUGUCCAACCCUACUACCUGUAUGGUUCAAAGCCACUGAACAUUGCCUUCACCCACAUCUACAGCGUCUUCCGCAACUUUGUGGGGCCCCCUCACUUCAAGACCAUCUGCCGUCUCCUUGGUUACCAAGGCAUCGCUGUGGUGAUGGAAGAGCUGUUGAAAAUCGUCAAAAGCCUGCUGCAGGGCACCAUCCUGCAGUACGUGAAGACCCUCAUUGAAGUGAUGCCCAAGAUCUGUCGUCUGCCCCGGCACGAGUACGGCUCUCCAGGAAUCCUGGAAUUCUUCCACCACCAGCUGAAGGACAUCAUUGAGUACGCCGAGCUGAAAACGGAUGUGUUUCAGAGUCUGAGAGAGGUGGGCAACGCCAUCCUCUUCUGUCUGCUCAUUGAGCAAGCCUUGUCUCAGGAAGAAGUCUGUGACCUUCUGCAUGCGGCACCCUUCCAGAACAUUCUACCCAGGGUCUACAUUAAAGAGGGAGAGCGUCUAGAGGUGAGGAUGAAGCGACUGGAGGCAAAGUACGCCCCCCUACACCUGGUGCCUCUGAUCGAGAGACUUGGCACCCCACAGAACCUAUCGCUGCCAUGGGAGGGGAAUCUUCCAGUCAGUCAAAUCGCCAUAGCCCGUGAGGGAGACCUACUGACCAAGGAGCGUCUGUGCUGCGGCCUCUCCAUGUUCGAGGUGAUCUUGACGCGCGUCAGGAACUAUCUCCAGGACCCUGUGUGGAAGGGUCCUCCGGCCACCAAUGGGGUCAUGCACGUGGACGAGUGCGUGGAGUUUCACCGCCUCUGGAGCGCCAUGCAGUUUGUCUACUGCAUUCCCGUCGGGACACACGAGUUUACGGCCGAGCAGUGUUUUGGAGACGGGUUGAACUGGGCGGGAUGCUCUAUCAUGGUGCUGUUGGGACAGCAACGGAGAUUCGACCUGUUCGAUUUCUGUUAUCACCUCCUGAAGGUGCAGAGGCAGGACGGCAAGGACGAGAUGAUCAAAAAUGUGUCGCUGAAGAAGAUGGCAGACCGGAUCAGGAAGUAUCAGAUCCUCAACAACGAGAUCUUUGCCAUGCUCAACAAAUACCUGAAGUCGGUGGAGAACGAGAGCUCGACAGUGGAGCAUGUGAGGUGCUUCCAGCCACCGAUCCAUCAGUCGCUGGCCACCACCUGCUGAGGGGCUGGGGUCCACCCAGGGUCAUCAUUCGUUGCCCUGCUGCGUCCUGUGUGUGUGUGGUUACCCGUGUUUUCUUGUUGAGACUGACUCUCUGAUACCAGUCGUGGAGUCCUCUCCCCGCCCUUCCAAAGACCAUAAGGCAUCGGAGCAGAAUUAGGCCAUUCAGCCCAUCAAGUCUGCUCUGCCAUUCCAUCAUGGCUGAUUUAUUAUCUCUCUCAACCCAAUUCUCAUGCCUUUUCCCCACAACUUUUGACACCCUGACUCAUCUGCAACCUGCUGUGGCAAUGAAUUCCGCAGUUUCACCACCUUCUGGCUAAAGAAAUCCCUCCUCAUCUCUGUUCUAAAGGGACGUCCCUCUAUUCUGAGGUAAUGCCCUCUGGCCCUGGACUUCCCCACUGUAGAAAACAUCUUCUCCACAUCCACUCUAUCUGGGCCUUUCUAUUGUAUUCUAGUCCUCUCGAAAUGAAUGAAUGCUAACAUUGCAUUUGCUUUCCUUACACCAACUCAACCUGCAAGUGAACCUUUAACAAAUUUGCGUGAGGACAUCCAAGUCCUUUUGCACCCAGGAUUUUUUAAUUUUUGCCCAGUUUAGAAAAUAGUCUACACUUUUUUUCCUUUCACAACAGUGCAUGACCAUUCCCUUCCUUAUACUGUACUCCAAUCUGCCCCUUCUUUGCCCAUUCUCCUAAUCAUUGGGGAGGGUUUGAGGAGAUUUACGGGAAUGAUAAAAGUGUGAACGUGUGAGGUGCUGGGGUUUAUCUGUUGGGCAAGGCAGCUCAAUGUGCUCCUGAAGAAUCGGGUGCCUCCAAUGUGGGAGGUUCCUGUGAGAACCAGGGAAACCCCGAUGCCCAUGCGGGCCACAAGUCACACCGAGUCCCUCCUACCUGUGGAACCCCAUGGCUUCUCUCACCACCUGACACCCAACCACAGCCAGUUGCAGCUUCAAGGUGAAAAGCAAGAUCCCAGGGGAUUGGAAGUUGUGUGGAGGUGAUCUGGUUUUCGGAUGUCCAAGGGGAGGCUAUUCCCAGCAGAGAGGAUGGGGGCACCGAGAUUAACGACCGUGUCGUGGAUUCCCCAGGGUUAGCAGACUCGAUGGGCUGAAUGGCCAUACCCUGCCCUUAAGUUCUAUGGUUAACUGCAGAAGCAAGUGGCUUGUCUGUCUGCAGCAGGAGCGUGGGGAGGGAUGCGGUGGUGGAGAGGUGUGGGAGUAUUGAAGGUAUCGAUUGGCUUUGUGGAAUGACACCCCUUCACCAGUCUUCUCGGCCUGUGUCCAUAUGGAAUAUUAAUUGGAUGUAUUUCAAAUCCAGGGAAUGUUUCCAGUAAUAAUCCCCCCCACACCCAACUCAUUGACAGUGUUGAAGGGUGUAAAUCCACCAGCCAGUUUGUGUCCUCACCCCCCACAAUAAACCAACUUGUGCUCUCAGGAGAAACUUCUUCUUAAACAGAAUAAUAAUAUAUAAUAUUUAUCGUCCAGUCGGAAAGUACAGGGAAGACAGAAAAUAGAGAGAUGUAAUGUGCUAAUGUAAUCUGUGUGUGGAAUGUGAAUUUUUAAUUUAAAAUGUGAAACUAUUCUUCGGGUUCUGGACAAACUGGACUCAGUGCUUGCCAACAUGGCCCUGGCCAGUAACACUGCCAGUUGGUCAGUAAACUGGAUUAACAGUGUCCCUGAUACAUUAGCGGCUGCUGCAGUCUCAGGACUGAGGGACGUGGGGCACAAUCAGAGCCCUGUACGCGGUCUUGCCCGUCUGCUGCCUGGUGUUUGCGAGCUGUUGUAUUGUGUGCAAUCCACCGUGUGAUAAAUAUUGAAAA